UUUAGAGAAGUGAAAAUGGACGAAGAGCAAACGGCUGGGUACAGGGAGCCCUGUGGUGUGUGUUCAGCGGUGGAUUGGGGCGUUUCAGACGAGGGACGUUUCUACUGCAGGUCCUGCCACAACGUCAUCGAGAGAACCAGAGAGGUGGUGGACCCCACCUUUACUCCCGCUCCUCCGGAUCUCCACCAUCGGCCGAGGAACCAGAAACAAGAGGCCGGCUGGUUUGGGGUGUUUUUCAGAGCCAGUGGGUGGGUGAUCUGGCGAAGGCUUCCAGUUCAUCCUGAGAAACCAGAGCCAACGCUCUGCUCAAACUGGGGAGUCAGUCCACGAUUUAAGGAUGAAGUGCUGAGUCAGCUUUGGAGAAUCUACCUGCAGAAGAGUCGGCAGGCGUACACCAACACCCCUGUGAGGACCUCCACGUUUAAAGUGCGAGGUCAGGACUCUGAUUCUGACAGUGCAGCUGAGAUGUCUGUCCUGUCGGCCAGUGAGACGGACGGAGACACCAACGCGUCCAGCACCGCCGGCUCCAUCGCGGAGAGCUCCAGUGAUUGGUCGCAGUGUUCGGGUUCUCUGGACGCCGCCAGCUACCUGUCGGCCCGGCUCAGACGCACUCGCCACGCUCUGAUGACCAUGAAGAAGACUCUGGCUCUGCUCCACCUCGCUCUGGUCUGGAUCCAGGAGCCGCUAACGCUCAGCGACCUGCUCAGUUCCCUGAAACUGUUCCCCGUUGUUGUAGUUCCUGAAACUGUUCCCGAAGCCUCUGAGGAACUUCCUGAGGAGAUGAAACUCGAAGGAAAAGACGCUCUCAUCUUCAGAGUCGAGAGCGUGCCGUCCCACCGGGCGGUGCAUAAGGAGGCUCAGACUCUGAUUCUGUUCCUGCAGCUUCCUGCUUUUCCUCCAAUCAGCCGGCAGAGUCUGCUGCAUCCGGCCCUGCUCAGCCUGCGCUACCUGAUGGAUGCUAAUCUGCCCGACGAUCUCCACCCGUGGGUCUGCCGGGUGAUGGAGUGCGCCGGGAUGUCUAUCAACCUCCACCGUUGA